AGAGACACGGCUCACUCAUGUCCAAACGAACUAGAAUCAGAUGAGUUAGUUGUUGGUGUGUAGGGUGUGACUCUUGUUGGUUAUUUGUCCAGAUUCUGAGCACACAGCAUUUGUGUGGAAAAAGAUGACAGAGCUGUCUCCAGGACCCUGUUUAUUGCACAGAGAACAGUCCAAAGGUCUCUGAUAUGUUUGUUCCCUCAUACUAUGUACAUUUUGCAUUCCCUUUCUCAGGUAUCCUAGCUUAUAUUGUUUUGUAGUGUGCUAGCCUGUCUCUGCCUCUUAGUGAGUGAUGUUUGGCUGUAUUGACUGUGCUGUCACAACACAGCUGUUUCCGCAAUUUCCCAUUGCUGGACAAAUAUGGUACUGUAAAUGCUCCUGUACUUGUAUAGCUCCUUUCUAUCUAAUUGUACUAAAAGUGCUUUAAUUCAGCCAUUCACUUAGACAAAUCUAUCCUAGAUUUAUUAAAUUUACUUUUGUGCAGGAAAAGACCAAAAAUUGUAUCCACAAAUUUUCAAAAAGUCCAAACAGCGAUCCACCAAAAAAGAGCAUAAAGGUGACAAAACAGUAAGCCCCUUGGGACAGACUGAAAACAUUUUUUUUACCUUGUGUGUAUACUGUAUAUAUCUGUUGUUCACUUUUGCGGCUGCUGUGGUGUUCAAGUAGUGUCGGACUUUGUUAAACAAUAAAAAAACCUUACUGUAACAUCAUUAUGGUCUAUAUUCUCUGACUUUGACCAGGGCGUUGUGAUGACGUCAGAGAACCUGUUACACAUUCUUGAAGAUUUGGGACAGGAGGAAUUUUACAAGUUCAAGUGGUUCCUGCAGCAGCCCGGAAGCCUGGAAGAAUUCCAAGUCAUUAAAAAGAAUCGGGUGGAAAGGGCGAAACCGUGUGAAACUGUGGAUGUGAUGGUGCAGACAUAUGGACUUCCUGGAGCGGUGGAGGUGACCUAUAAGGUUCUAAAGAAGAUCAGCAGGAACGACCUGGUGCAGAGUUUGUCUGACAGCAGCUCAAAACCAGCAGUAGAUGUCAGUGAUGCUGAUAAGAAGUCAGAGAUCAGACGACCUUCCUCUUCUCAGGCUCCUCUUCCUCACACUGAUGAUCUGAUGGUUCCAGAACCAAAGCCACAGCACAUCACAUAUUACCAGCAGAUGCUUCAAUCAAACCUUACUGACAAGUUUAUUUGUGUGAAAGAAGGCUGGUCAGAAGACGACCAACGUCUGGUUGACAUCUACACAGAGCUGUUCAUCACAGCUGGGCCAGAUUCACACAUCAACACACAGCACGAGGUCCAACAGGUUGAGACGACACAGCAUAAGCAAAGAUCAGCAGAGGAGCCAGUGAAGCCCAGUGACCUGUUCAAACACCCCCCUGGUAAAUACAGACCAAUCAGAACAGUGUUGACAUAUGGAAUCGCUGGGAUUGGAAAAACAGUCCUUGUGCACAAGUUUGUGUUGGACUGGGCCGAACAAAGGUCCAAUCAAGACGUGCAUCUGAUUUUCCCCUUCACCUUCCGUCGGCUGAAUCCACUGAAGGGGCAGAAGUUUAGUUUGUCAGAGCUCAUUCAUGAAUGUAUCCCAGAAACUAAGUCCAUCAGCCUUGAGGCUCUGAAUUACAUCUUUACACAUCUACAGUCAUCAGGAAACAGCAACUAUGACAAGAGCAGGUUCAAACUUCUGUUUGUGUUUGAUGGACUGGAUGAGAGUCGCCUCCAACUGGACUGUAGAAACAGUAAGGAGGAGACGGGUCAACGUGACGUCACAGAGUCCACCUCAGUGGACGAGCUGCUGACAAACCUCAUCAGAGGAAAACUCCUACGCUCUGCUCGCAUCUGGAUCACCACACGACCUGCAGCAGCCAAUCAGAUUCACCGAGACUUUGUUGACGUGGUGACAGAGGUCAGAGGGUUCACUGACCACCAGAAGGAGGAGUACUUCAGGAAGAGAUUCACAGAUGAGGAGCAGAGCAACAAAAUAAUGUCUCACAUCCAGGCGGCACGAAGCCUCCACAUCAUGUGCCACAUCCCAGUCUUCUGCUGGAUCACUGCUAUGGUUCUGGAGGAUCUGCUGGAAACAAGAGAGGGGGGAGAACUGCCCAAGACCUUGACUGAGAUGUACGCAGAGUUCCUAGUGUUUCAAAUGCAUCGGACUAAAGAGAAGUAUGAGCCAGAACAGUGUAUCAAGUACAUCAUAUCAUUAGCAAAACUGGCUUUUGAGCAGCUGGAAAAGGGAAACUUGAUCUUCUAUGAGGAAGAUCUGAAGGAGAGUGGCAUCGAUGUCAGUGGAGCCUCAGUGUGUUCAGGAGUGUUUACAGAGAUCUUUAAACAGGAGCGAGGGAAAAAAGCCAAAGACAAGAUGUUCAGCUUUGUUCAUCUGAGUGUUCAGGAGUUUCUUGCUGCUGUUUACAUGAUAUACUCUCAAACAACUGAGAAGACUGAGAAAAUGGAGGACACCCUAAAAGUCCCUGUACACAGACAGUCAAUCCUUAGAAAGAUAAAACAGGUUUUCACAAUUAAAAAAAGUCAAGAUAGUCAUUCAGUUCCUCCUGAAACAUUCUCCUCUCCUUUGGAAGUUUUCCUGAGUAGAACCAUGGAGAAAUCCCUCCGAUGUCAAACUGGCCAACUCGACCUGUUUGUUCGCUUCCUUCAUGGCCUCUGUCUGGAGUCCAACCAGAGACUCUUGGAAGGUUUGCUGGGUCACAUAGAGAACGGUCCAGAAAUCAUUCAGAAAGUCAUUAACAACCUAAAAAGGAUGAACAGUUAUGAAAUCUCUCCAGACAGAAGCAUCAACAUCUUCCACUGUCUGAUGGAGAUGAACGACCACUCAGUCAACCAGGAGAUCCAAGAGUUCCUGAAGUCAGAAAACAGAUCAGAGAGAGAACUCUCUGUGUUCCAGUGCUCAGCUCUGGCCUACAUGCUACAAAUGUCAGGGGAGGUUCUGGAUGAGUUGGACCUGGACGAGUACAACACAACAUGGGAGGGACGGCAGAGACUGAUCCCAGCUGUGAGGAACUGCAGAAAGGCGCAACUUUCUGACUCUGGACUCUCAGACACUCACUGUGAAGUUGUGGCCUCAGCUCUGAAGUCCAACCCGUCCCAUCUGAAAGAACUGGACCUGAGCUGGACCGACCUUCAAGAAUCAGGAGUAAAGGCUCUGUCUGCUGGACUGGAGAGUACUCACUGUCGACUGGAGACUCUGAGAUUGAGUCGCUGCAGUUUGUCAGAGGUCAGCUGUGAAUGUCUGGUCUCAGCUCUGAAGUCCAACCAGUCACAUCUAACACAACUGGACCUGAGCUACAACAACCUGCAGGAUUCAUCAGUGAAGCAGCUGUGUGGUUUUCUGGAGAGUCAUCACUGUCGACUGAAGACUUUGAGAUUGAUUGGCUGCAGUUUGUCAGAGAUCAGCUGUGUUUCUUUGGUCUCAGCUCUGAUGUCCAAUGCGUCCAAACUGACAGAAUUGGACCUGAGUUACAACAAAGACCUGCAGGAUUCAGGAGUAAAGCAGCUGUGUGGUUUUCUGGAGAAUUGUCACUGUGAACUGGAGAUUCUGAGACUGUGUGGCUGCAGUUUGUCAGAGAUCAGCUGUGAAUCUCUGAUGUCAGCUCUGAAGUCCAACCCAUCUAACCUGACACAACUGGACCUGAGUGAGAACAAGCUGCUGGACUCAUCAAUGAAGCUUCUUUGUGACCUGGUGGAAAGUCCACACUGUCAACUGGAGACUUUGAGAUUGAGGCGCUGCAGUUUGUCAGAGAUCAGCUGUGAUUCUCUGGUCUCAGCUCUGAAGUCCAACCCGUCACAUCUGACACAACUGGACCUCAGUGAGAAUGACCUGAAGGAUUCAACAAUGAAGCACAUGAGUGGUUUUCUGGAGAGUCAUCACUGUCGAGUGGAGACUUUAAGGAUUCCCGGACUGGCUCUGCCAGCCACACCCGUUUCUCUGGACCCUGCCUUAAUUUUCCCUCUGUUGCAACCAGCAUUAAUAAGCAAUGGUAAUUUGUUAAUUGGGUGCAAGGACGAGAUGCAAGUGAGAGCUAGAGACAUGGGUGAUGUGGGGAAGGUUGCAACAGUGCUCAAAGAGUUCUGUCUAAAGAAAAAAAACACUUUCAGGAUGACUAUCUUUGUAAAUAGAGGCCUCAUAUCAAUGAGGUGUCAUUUUACUCAUUAGAAGCUGUGCAAUUGGCCUAAAGAUGCCAACCCAGGAUUGACAGGACUGCCAGCCAGUGAGAGUCACCCACACAUUUUAUGGCCUAGGUGCAAUAAAAACGUGACCAGCUGCGGACCAAUAAAUCACUGCAGACAAGGUCUGUGGGAGGGCUAGAAACUGGCUGGUUAACAACCCAGAACAAAGGAAUAUGUCACAGUCCACGUCAUUCAGUUACUGUUUCCAUUCAUUUCCGGUUUUUAUUUUGCUACCACUUUCUGUUCAGUUCCAGCUUUACCUCCGUUUCUACGUAGUUAACUCACCUGUGUCUCAUUAGUACUGUACUCACCUGUAAUCCAUCAGCAUAUCACCUCUGUAUUUAAGCACCAGCUCUUUCCCUGCCCAGUUGCCAGAUUGUCUGCGUUGUACUAGCCAGCAUUCCAGCAUUGUAUUUCAUAUCUUGAUCCGUGAAUGACCCUGCUUUCCCUGACCUUGCCUCCUGCUUUGUCCUGCACCGCCGUAAGUCUGACCCAAGCCUGCCUUUUGACCACCGCCUGUCUGAUCCUUGCCUGUACCGUCACUGCCUCAAUUGUGUAUUGACCCUUGCCUGCCUGACCACAAGUACUAUUAAACUUUUUCGUCACUGAGCUUUGUCUCCGCCGUGCAUGUGGGUCCGCUACCUAGAGCGCCGUGACAGAAUAACAAAUAAUGGCAUUGGUUUGCCAGUUAAUAUGGACUUUAUAUGACAAUGUUUGAAUGUUUACACAGUUUAGCUAUUUUAAUUAGCUUAGAGUUCAUCGUUUGUCACUCAUAACUUACCACCUGUAUGGGUUAGCAUUGUUUGGCACAAAUCCUUAGAGUCCUUAGCUUCCAGUUGUGUCAAAGAUAUUUAGGUUUGGAUAAGGUAUUGUAGCAGUAGAGCCACAAUUGCAUCAUGGGUUAACAUUAGCAGGUAACGCAGAGGACGCUGAAUGUUAUCAGUUAUUGUUUCAAGUUUUUGUUUUGUUUCUAAGGCUGUGUUUAAUACACCUAGAAUAUGUUUAUAUGGUGCUGUUGCCUGUACUUUACUGUUUCAUUUGAUGUUGAGUAGACCUUUAGAAGUUUCAUGGUCUGGACUUUUGUGUGCCAUUUCCUUUUUUGUUUCUGCCGGUUUUUAGUUCUCGCUUUACGUUUCGAGUCUUGUGCCCUGUCAGCUAUUUCUGUUUAGUAAUUAUCUCUGUGUAUUUAGUCUACAGCCCAUACCUCAGUUCUCCACUAGAUCAUGGCGUAAAAUCACCUCUAUCCAGCGUUUCGUCUUUGGUUCCAGUUUAUGUAAGGUCCUGUUUUCGUUAUCGUAUUUACCUGUCUUUGCCUGUUCCUUGUCGGUACUUUUACCUGUGUUCUGGAUCUCCUGUUGCCGACUGUUGUCUGUAUGACUCAGAUUUUUGCCUGCUGUUUUUGUGGAGUUAUUCCUCAUUAAACGGACGUCUAAGCUAGUUCUGUCUUCGGCUGUGCAUGUGGGUCCUGCAUCACGCUCGCUUCCUGACAGUUUCUGACAGUACAAUCUGGCCAGACUUAGACCCAGCCAGCUUCCGAUUUCUGUUUCUUACCCAGCUUGCUUGUGCGGAGAAAACAUUUUUUUGCCAUGGAUUUCUCAUGCCUCAGUUUACCCGGACACCUCCACAUGUGCUUAACGAUGAUGGGAAGCAAUUACUGGAAAGCGACCAAUCCAGAAGCACAGCUGAGCACCGUUGCGAGGUCGCGCACUUCUGUUGCUGCCCGGUCACGCCAAUUUUCAGCCCUGUUGGGUGCAACUCCUGCUCCAGCGACAGUAAGCUACGUUGCGCUCAAGCUCCAGCUCCGCCACGGUCAACACACUUCACACUUCAGCCAUACCUGGUCCCUGCCUUGGUUACUGCUCGGCCAAGCCCAGCUCCGGCCCAGUCAAGCCCUGUCGGCCCUGAAGAGGAGGCCAUUCUAGUCCCUGUUUGCCCUGAAGAGGAGACCGUUCUAGUCUGUCGGCCCUGAAAAGGGGGCCCUUUUCAGGGCCGACAGGCUAGAAGCUCUAGCUCCUGUUGGCCCGGAGGAAGCCAUUUUUGUCCCUCAUGUCCCUGUCGGCCCUGAGGAGAAGGCCGUUCUUGUCCCUGUCGACCCUGAGGAGGAGGCCGUUCUAGUCCCUGUCAGCCCUGAGGAGGAGGCCGACGUGGAGCCAGAACCAGAGACGAGGACUCGUACUUACUUGUCUUGGUAAUCGUUUGGUAAUCACACUGCAAAAUCCCCCUAAGAAUUAGAGGGAAAAUGUUCAACUAGAUUAAAUUGGCCCUGUGUUGUUUGAUGUUGUCAGGAACAGCAUGAACUACGAGGUGAGGACCCAAAGACACAGCUCAGGGACAGGACUUAGGUAGAAAUUAGUCUUUUGUUGCUUUGGCACAAGCAGCAGCAGGCAGCAGGGUGGUCGGACAGGCAGUGGUCAAAAACAUGUACAUCAAAAACUUCAGCAAACGUACAGGCAAGGACAAGGCUAAAACAAGGUCGAGAACAGGCACAACAGGUACAAACCGUGGAACAUGAGCAAACAAUCUGGCAUCGUUCUGGUUCUGGUUCUUCUUCUUCUUCUUCUUGUUUAUUGGCAGUUUGCAAACUUGACUGUACACUACCGCUACCUUCCGUAUUGGAGUGUUCAUAACACCAUAACAUUGCAAAAAAAAUAAAUAAA